CACGUGGUGGCGCAGUGUCAGCAUGCAAAACAUAAAUACUGUCAGUUCCUGUCAGUUUUGCUCAAGCGUCGAAAUGUCUGCGGAGCAGCUUUUCCAAAUUUUCCUUCGCUCGGAGUCCGAGCGGAUCCGGCAGCUACGGAUGCGCGCCCUCAUCCACCAGAGGAUCAGCGCGUUGGCCAGGCAGAGAGCCAAGCGACUCACGAUGAUUUAUCUGGCCACAAUCGCGCGUGAAAGAUCUCGCAAGCAUCCAGCUUCGGCUCUGCAUAAUCGCUCAAGAGGACCGAUAGUCUUCCUGGAUAGAGAGAUGCCAAAGCUGUCUGAGGAGGAUUUUGUGAAGCAAUUCCACAUCUCACGAUCUUCAUUUCACUUCAUCCUGAACAAUCUCUCAUUCCUCAUGUCAAAGAAAGAAUCCUUGAAACUGAUUCCUGUCUGGAAGCAGAUUGCCACCUCUCUGUAUGCGUUGACCUCCACGGAGUCCUUCAAGACCGUCGGCGUGAUCUUUGGCAUCGACAGCAUCACUGUUUCAAUAGUUCUUCUGGAGUUCUGCUCAGCAAUCGUUCAGAUUUUCCAGGAACAGUAUAUGAAAUCCUAUCCUCCGAGUGCAGAGGGCAUCACAGCGAUUAGAAAGGGGUUUGAGGAGUUGUCAGGACUUCCUCAAGUUUACGGCGCAGUUGGAGACUUUCGAGUGGACGUGAAGAUUUCUACCAGAAACAUGCGUUCUCCUGUGAAGAUUCUCGCUGCCGCUGAUUACAGGAGAAAGUUCACUUACGUUGAGGUUGGCGCGCCCAGCGACAGGGCGAAUCUCUUCGAGAAGUCCUGCCUCAAAGACUACCACAAGUGCAACAAGUUGUUCUACAGCAUGUCCAGGAAACUCGUCGACGGCUCCGUGCCAAUCUUCCUCGCGGGUGACGCGUCUUUCCAACUGCAGCCCUACCUCAUGACACCAUUCCAGCACGCGGAUCUGUCGCCACGCGAACACGACUUCAACGCGGCACUGCUGAAGGCGCAUCAGUGCGUGGAGGACGCCUUCGCGAUGAUGAGGCAGCGGUUCCCGAGGCUUGGCAAGUGCAAGAACAUUGCGCCGGACAACCUGCCGCUCCUCGUGAAGGCGGCCUGCAUCAUGCACAACAUCCUGAUCGAGAGGGAGGACGUGUCGUGGGACUUCACGGCCGCCGAAAGCACCCCAGUGCCGCCGCUCGUGCCGAUGGACGAGGACGGCAUGGGCAUGCGGAUUAGGGACGAGAUUGCAAACGCCCUGAUGAGCUGCCAGUAA